AGAAGAUUUCUCAUUCCCUCUGCUUGUUCAUCUCCCAAAUCACAACAAUCCAAAAAUAACUGAACAGAAAGUGUUGAAAUACCAGAGAUAUCCAUUUCAACUUUCUCAAGCACAACCAAAAAACCCAAAAAUAUUAUCUCUUUUAAAACAUAUACAAGAUGAAAUAAAAGAAAUUAAGCUCCAUUUUUGGGUAUAAUUCUACCCCCCCCCCAAAAAAAAAAAAACAAAUAUUCCAAUUUCAUUAACAAACUUAGAAGUUUCAAAACUUUCUUCAUUAAGCCAACACAAUAACCAAAACCCAUUUCUUCUUUGACUUCAAAGAUUAUUAUUAUUAUUAUUAUAAUUAUUAUUUGUUUCAGCUGGAAUUUUGCAAAAUUCAAUCCCUGGGUCAUUUUGUUUUUAUAUCAGAUCUGUUUAUGUUGAAGCUUCAAUCGGAUCAUUAGUUUAUUUUUAUUGGAUGGUAAUGGAUUUGGAUGAUUUCAGAUCGGUUCUCGAAACAGCAGGUGUUGAUGUGUGGACAUUUAUUGAUACAGCAAUCCUGGCAGCUUCUUUAGAUUAUGGUGAAGAGUUGAAGCAAAGGAGAGAUGGGAUUGUGGAGAGGCUUUAUGCUACUUCCAUGGUUAAUGGAUGUAAAACCUGUGAUUUUGGUGAGAGAUCAAAUGGAUAUUCAGUUAAUAAAGAAGGCAACCUCCAUGAAAGUAAAGGUGGGGAAGGACGAAAAGGGUCACCUUUUAAGCCUCAAUCCGAUAAUGAAGAUGAUGAUCUGGACCCUUGUGGAGGCGUGUUUGAUGUUGAACAAAAAAGGGUCCUUGAAAUUAAGGACCUUCUUGAAGUACCUGAUCAGUCUGAAGAUUCUUUGGUCGAUUUGCUUCAAAGCUUGGCGGAUAUGGAUAUAACAUUUCAAGCUCUCAAGGAAACUGAUAUUGGGAGACAUGUGAACAAAUUCAGAAAGCAUUCAUCAAAUGAUGUUAGGAGAUUAGUGAAGCAACUUGUCAGGAAAUGGAAAGAUAUUGUAGAUAAAUGGGUAAUGGUGAAUCAGCCAGGAGAACAUGAAUCUGCUGCACUUAUGGAUAGAGAUUCACCACAGCAAAAGCUUCCUCAAAAUGGUGGUCAACAGGUUCCUGAUGAUGUCUACUCUCCAAACCCGCAUAAUGGGAGUCUUGGUUUAAACAAGAAUAAUUCAGAACCUGAAAGGAAGUUAAAGUCAAUCCCUCAUCGAAAAGAUCCUCCAAUUAGACAUACUCACUCAACUCCUCCACAAAAUGUGCAGAGACAGAGAGAAGAAAAGGAAAGCAAAUUUGACUCUGACAGGCUGGCUUCUGCAAGGAAAAGGCUUCAAGAAAGUUAUAAAGAAGCUGAAAAUGCCAAAAGGCAAAGAACAGUACAAGUGAUGGACAUUAAUGAGCUACCAAAACCCAAGAACGGUUUCUUUGCAAAAAACAAAGGAAGUGGCUCUCAAGGGAGGCAGUGGUGAUUUGGGUCAUUGAAUUUGGCUUUAAAGGCAUCACAUUUUUGUGUUUUUAUUUUCUUCUUCAUGUGUUCGUUUUCUUUUUGAUCGUUGUAUUAGAAUAGGGGCCACUCUUUAUAACUACUAUAGGUUACCUUUCUAUGAUAAUGGAGAUUGGAUGAAUAAAUUGGCUUAAAGGCAUCCCAUUUGUAGGUUUUUGUUGUUAUUCCAGAUCUUUUAUGGGUCACCUUCCCAUGUUGAUGGAUGUAUAGUGAAAUAUCUAUUGAUCAUCUGAAAUUCUUGAGGGCCAUGGUCAUCCAUAGCCAUUCAAUUUGGGGAUGUACCAUGAUUAGUAAUUUUUGGAUAUGUUAUGAGGAAUAUUUACUUUUUUGUUUA